AUGUCAGGGCACCGUGUGUGUGUAGGUGACUUUGAGGAGGAAGCCAGGAGAGUUCUUCCUAAAGCCAUUUAUGACUACUACUCCUCUGGGGCUGACGAGCAAAAAACACUGGCUGACAACACGGCUGCCUUCAACAGGUGGCGUUUUCUUCCUCGGAUGCUGAGGAAUGUGUCAAAGGUGGACCUGUCUGCCUCUCUGCUGGGCCAGAAGCUAAGCAUGCCAGUCUGUGUCGGAGCGACAGCCAUGCAGAGGAUGGCUCACCCGGAGGGAGAGACAGCUACGGCCAGAGCAUGUCAGGCAGCGGGGACAGGCAUGAUGCUGAGCUCCUGGGCCACCUCUACCAUAGAGGAAGUGAUGUCAGCCACCACAUCAUCACAGGGCAGCGCAGGUAUCAUGUGGCUGCAGCUAUACAUCUAUAAAGACAGAGAGCUUACGCUGUCAUUGGUCCGCCGGGCAGAAAAGGCGGGCUAUAAGGCUAUCUUUGUCACCGUGGAUACACCGUACCUGGGGAGGAGGUGGAAUGACAUGCGCAACUGCUUUAAACUUCCCUCACACCUGAGUAUGUCUAACUUCUCAACAGCCACACUGGCUUUCUCUGAGGGCGACUAUGGCAAUGACAGUGGACUGGCAGUUUAUGUUGCCAAGGCAAUAGACCCCAGCCUGUCCUGGGAUGACAUCACGUGGCUGAAGAAACACACUAAACUACCAUUGAUUGUCAAAGGAAUACUGACCGGUGAGGAUGCCAUCCAAGCCGUGAACUAUGGAGUUGAUGGCAUCCUGGUGUCCAAUCAUGGAGCUCGACAGCUGGACGGGGUUCCUGCCACACUGGAUGUGUUGGAGGAGGUGGUGAAUGCCGUCCAGGGUCGCUGUGAGGUCUAUAUGGAUGGAGGAGUGAGGCGCGGAACAGACGUCCUGAAGGCUUUAGCCCUGGGAGCCAAGGCUGUCUUCAUAGGACGACCCGUGUUAUGGGGCCUGGCCUGUCAGGGGGACAAGGGAGUCUCUGAGGUUCUGGAGCUUCUGAGAGAAGAGCUGCGACUGGCCAUGGCCCUGGCUGGUUGUCGCUCUCUAUCAGAAAUCAGCAGGUCUUUAGUGAGGAGAGUGAACGAAACCAGCAGAAUGUGACAAAGGAAUCAGCUGAAACCCCUUGUAGUCUGGUGGAGUUCACUGUCUUCUGUUUGGC